AAAAGCCCUGUCAGAGGUAACUGCAUGCCUCAGGGAGCGACUUCACCGUUGGCAGCAGAUUGAGAAGCUCUGUGGCUUCCCUGUCGUCAAUAAUUCUGGUCUGCCAAGCCUGACGGCCAGCCUCUACUCAGAUCACAGCUGGGUGGUGAUGCCACGAGUCUCAGUGCCUCCUUACCCUAUAGCAGGAGGGGUGGAUGACCUGGAUGAGGACACACCUCCCAUCAUUCCACAGUUCACAACUGCUACAUUGAUUCGGCCAUCACUCACACGCAGCAGCAGUCUAUGUCGCUCCCGUCGGAGCCUGCUGAGCUCUCCACAGUCCUCACUGAUGUCUCCAGAUCCAGAUCUGCUGUCCAUGGCCAGCUCAGCCCUCUCCUAUCGCCCCGAGGCAGACGACAAACAUAUCAUGUUCAGCUCAGAUAGGAGGGGGGAGCCUCCACAGGAGGGCAGCGCUGACACAGACUCUCUCAACUCAUCCAUUGGCCGCAAGCAGCUGCACAACCCCUGCUCACCAGGCUCAGAGACCCCCUACCGCAAAAUCUCCCGUGAGGAGCUGCUGCUGUACACCCAGAGUACAGACCUUCCUGCGUCCACCCCCACCACCCACACUAGCAGCAGCAGCAGCAGCAGUCUCAGGGACUCCACACCUCCUCCUCUGCCUCCCACUCCAGCCACUACCCCCUCUGGCCCACCGUCCACCUCACCCUCCCCGGCCUUAGAGCACCACCCAUUUGCACAAAGAGGCUCGCCCGACCUCACCCGCACCAUACCUGAGUCUCCUUUCUCACAGGGGAACGCCACCUCUCAGACGGGCAAAGGCAUGUACAACGGCAUCCUGGAGAAGUCCUACAGCUUCGGUCAGCUGCCAGCAAGCAUGCUUCCCAACGUGGGGCGUUAUCCGUCUCUCACCUCCCUGGACUCGGAGGGCCGGAGUGUGGGAAGGGAAUACAAGCUCCAGAGCACGUCCUCCCAGGACUCCAGCGACAAUGGGGAGAAAAUCAAGCGCUCCUCUUCUAAAAUCAAAAGCCUAUUUAAAAAGAAAAAAUAAAAGUUGCGGUGAGAUAAUGCGUGUGUGUGAGAGAGAAAUAAAAUAUAAAGAGUUGUUUUAGCCCUAAUACUAAAAAAUGGACAUCACUGUAAGCUAAAACGUUUCAUUUUCUCUCUUCAUUCUUCUUUUUGUCAUCAAAGAUGGAAUGUAGCUCAGGCUGGGUGCCUUUAAAUGUUCUCCAGACUGGUAGCCUUAUUUUUCAAUAAUGCCUUUUUAUUUAGCUCACUCAUAGCCUCGUAGGAAAACCUGCUAAGGUCAAGAAAAUGUCAACGAAAGGUCAAAGGCCAUACCUGUUCACUGUCUUCUCUUAAUUUUACUUUGAGUUUGAACCAAAAAGCCACUAUGUUAAAGGGUCUAAAGGUGCAGUCCAUACAUUUAAUGUUAAGCACACAAUGUGGAGUGUUUCACUGUUGAUGUAUAACAGAGUGAUGUUUGCUGUUACUGCUGAAAGGUUGUUUUUUUUUACAGUAUACAACAGGCGUGAGAACACGAGGACUCUGUCUAAAAAUUAAAUUUGUAACAAAAUACAAAUUGAAGCUAAAAUGACUUUUUAAAUCUGCAGUUUUAAAACUUUCUAUGAAACAGUUUGCAAAUCAAAGAAUUCUCGCCCUUCUCAUCUGAGCCUACCUCCAUGUAAACAAACUAAAUGCUCCUGUCAUGUCUGAUGAACAAUUACAUUUUUUCAUUCAGAGUCAGAAAGCAAAGCUAACAGCACAACCACAGCUAAAGCAGGCAUAGCUUACCUCUUUUUAAAUUCCUCUUCCUCAUUACCAGCUGCCAACCAAAUGGUGUAAACAGAACACGUUGACACAGUUUCCCUGCAAAGACAUGAGAGAUUAAUUGAGCUUUCAUCUAAAUUUCAGAAUACUCUAGUGGACAGAGCAUAGAACUACAAGCUGAUUUUAACAUUAAAAAUAUUUAGAAAUUACAAUUCACAGUUUUAGAGUAAAACCCUAUGCAGUAUCAUCAAAUGCAUUGUUCGUAAUAUUUCUUUUUUAUUAACAAUAAAAAACCAGAUACUUUGGAAAGACUAUAUUGAAAAUACAGAUUCUAAAGUAGAAACUUAAUGCAACAAAGAAACAUCACAUGUGAUCAGUUUGCAUCACGACAAAAAUAUCUGAAAAAUGACAAAACCUCUCUCCAUUAAGUUUUCCGACACUGACAUGCUCCACAAGGAAGGAUUGAGCUUUUUAUCAAAUAUAACAUUGGGCAUAAGAAGUACUGAACAAAAUACCAGAUAUAAAUCUCAGUAAACUAAGUCUUUUCUGUUGGGCCUGCAUUUUUAAUGUAAGAAAUUAAAGUUUUAAAUCAAAUACUAUUUAACUUAAAAGUAUUGCCUUGACUGUAACAUGACAGUUUUGUAUCAUUUGAUAUUUAACUGAUAAUCCACAGAGGGGUACUCGCCUACGUUGUAUUCUGUAAAACUUACUUUCAGUCGUGACAACAGCCCAGAAAAAUGGUCAAAAGAUUUUGUUGUCACUUUUUUUUGACAAGUGUCCAAACUGCAGUACUUCUCCCUGAUUAAAAUGAUGGAUUGCAUCUUGUUAAGUGUUUGAGUCCUGAACUCAUGUACUUGAUUAAUUUCCUUUGGGAAAAAAAAAAUUCUGCUAAGUUUGUUGCACUACUGCUUUCCUGGUAUGUUGGGAAAGACCCGCUACUUGCGGAGUACAUAUUGAAUAAAGAGAUGAGAGGAAUGCAUGGGCAGCCGCAAUGAAGACGCAACACAUAAUGCCAGAGCCAAAAUUACCUGAUGUGUCUUUACUGCCACUGUUUAUGGAUGUCUCUCUCUAUAUAUAUAAAUAUAAAAGUAUAUAUACUUUGUUUUCACAUCAUUAUGUUCUUAUAGAUGUUUCUAAAUAGAUUCGUGAAUGGUGGGGGUUCCUCUGAAGUGAUCUUUACUGAAGAAAGCUUAUUGAAUAUGCAGAUUUAACCCACAUCAGUCACCAUCCCUGUAUUCUACCUGCCCUUUAUUACUUGAUUAACUGCAUCCUGUAGCCAUACAGAAACUAAAUGUACCAUUUCCAUGUUUUGUCUUGAAUACCCUGCCUCUUCUAAAACUUGGUGUCACUACCAGAUUUUGGUCAAAUUGGCUUUGCAAUUAAUUAUUUUUGUGGGUGGAGUUCCUUAUUCGCGAGUGUUAGAAAAUCAAAGACAACAGCAGGAAUGUAACUUGAACAGAAGCACUGUCUGUGAUCAGCAGCUGACUACACUGUUACUAUUCGACUGUGAUCGUGUGCUCUCAGCUGUCUUUAAAGACAAACAGUAAGGAUUAUCUGUUUAGAAGAAAAAGACUAUUUGAUCCAGAUCUGAUCGGUACACCAAGACCCGCCUCCCUCACCACACACUAAGCUCGAAGCCGACCCAUGCAAUACAGUCCCGUUCCUCACCUCUGGGCCCGCACCGAGCGCACUGAUGUCAAGAGCUCCUGCUUCACACUGUGAUUUCUGGCUUCUUCUCUUCAUCUGGACCUGGCUGUGACGGCGUGUCAGCGGUGGCAUGAUGCAACGUCAGGGUGUGAUGCCAUCUCCAAGGUGUGUCUGGCUGUAAGGACAACAUGAUGACGUGCGGAUCCAGUGGCCUCUGUUUUUAAAUGACAAAAAACAAAAAAAUAUAUAUCUUUAGAAGGUUGUGGACAAUGCAGCACACCGUGAAGGAAAUGGAAAACAGAACUGCAAGACGAGGAGAAAAUGAAUGUUUACCAGACGUUAGGGUUUUUUUUGAGAACAUUUUGUGUGUGAAUAUUUGUAUACUGUAGAAGAAUUAAUAAAAAAAAAAAUGGAGGCA